AUGGCAAUUAUAGGGAAGCCAUUAUAUGGCACAAAUGGAGAUAUGUUACAUGAUGGGAAGUAUGGCAUCUUCCCAUUCACUAUCCAGCAAGUAGCACAGAAGUCAAGUAUGAAAAGAGCAAGAGGGACUAUGGAAACAAAGGCACUCCAGAACAUAAACAGAGAAGUUACCAGAGAGAUGAUGCUAACAAAGGUCAUUCCAGCAAUCAUGUCAAAAUGGCCUGAAGGUCUGCCCAAGGAUGUGGUCAUCCAAUGGGACAAUGCAAGGCCUCACCAAGUUCCUACAGAUGAUGAGUUUCUGGCAGCAACAAUAGCUAAUGGCUUUAACAUUCAAUUUGUUUUUCAGCCAGCACAGUCACCUGAUUUGAAUGUCCUUGACUUAGGGCUUUUUAGGUCUAUACAAUCUUUGCAAUAUCAAUCUUUUCCUAGGGACUUAGAGGAGCUGGUUGAAAAGGUCAAACAGUCUUAUGACACAUUCAACCCCCAUGUUAACAAGUACAUCUGGGUUACAUUGCAAAAAUGCAUGAUUAAGAUACUCAAGGAAGAAGGUGGUAACAAGUACAAAAUACCGCAUAUGAACAAAAAAAGGCUGGAAAACUUUGGCAAUCUUCCAGAUUUGGUAGAGGUCCAGAAAGAGGUAGUAUUCGAGGCUGUGGAGUACCUAAACACUAUGUUUAAGCCAGCAAAUCAGGGCACUGAAGAAGUCACAGAAGAUUUGGAGGUGGAUGUAGAUUAG